AUGCCUCAAAAUCAUGAAAACAAAUGGGAAGCGGUACAGUUGUUUCUUGGCGAUGAUCUCUUCGAAUUAUUGGUAAUAGAAGCAAACAUACAUCGCUCUCAGGUUACAAACAAGUAUAGAGAAUAUAAAGCAGUAAAAUGGGUUGACGUCACAGUGACAGAAAUAAAAAAGUUUUUGGGGUCAAUUCUCUUGAUGGGACAAGUACACAAAGAUGAUAUAUAUGAUUACUGGUCCACUCUAUCAUAUAUAGAAACCCCAAUCUUCCCCAAAACAAUGGGCCUGAAUAGAUUUAUGCAGAUCUGGAGAAUGUGGCAUUUUUGUAAUAAUGAUCUAUUGCAUGAUAAAUCAGACAGACUAUUCAAAAUUAGGGAAGUUCUCAAUUAUAUACAACAGAAGUUCGAGACUGUGUAUACACCAAAGCAGCAAUUAUCAUUGGAUGAAUGCAUGCUCUACGAAACGGCAUCUGGAUAUAUUUGCAAUUUCAAAGUAUAUUCAGACUCAGAAGCGACGCUAGAAAAUACGAUCCUAACGAUUUUAGAUCCUUAUGUGGGAUUCCAUCACCAUGUAUAUGUGGACAAUUAUUACAAUAGCGUACAUACAGCCGAAUUGCUCCUUCAAAAGAAAACAAGAGUUUGCGGAACAAUUAGAGCAAAUAGAGGACUUCCAAAGAAUUUAAGAAACGUUACAUUGAAGCAACAUGAAACGAAAUUUGCAAGAAAGAGGCAAGUCCUUUUACGCGUCUGGCAGGCUACGAAGAACUGA